ACAACAUGAGAUCGUCUCUCCAGCUCGGCGUCCUGCUCUGCUGCCUGCUGUGCGCCGCAGACCUGCGGGCCGAGGAGAGCAGGAACUCCAUGCGGCUUUGCGGCCGGGCUCUCGUGCGAGCCUUGGUGUUCACCUGCGGAGGGUCCAGGUGGAGAAGACAACUGGAGGAGGAGGAGGAGAAGGGGUUUCUGCCAGACGACUUCUGGGAAGUCAACGGAGAAGAGUCACACUUCGUGAAGACAGGAGAGCGUCCAGGGAUGGACCAGGGUCAUCGCAGGGACCAGGACCAGGCCUUGAUUACGACGUGCUGUCAACAAGGCUGCCGAAGAAACGAGCUGUCCAUGCUGUGCUAGAGGGAAAACUCAUCUGUCACAUACAGUCCUUCUGUGUUUAAAUGUUUCAGUCACAAAUGUAUCCACAAUGCUGUGAUUUACCAUGUAGGCGCGAAUAAAAGGCAUCAUGAAUGUUUGUCCAAAUUACUCGUUUAAUGAUUAAUUUGUUCACAAAGAGGAAAGUCCGUAUGUGCAGGACAUGAAAGUAGUCUGAGAACGGAGCCCCAAAGUGUACUUGUUUGCCAGGUUUGUGAUUGUUGUGGAUUGUUCUGUGGUCGCUUGGAACAGUAAUAAAGAUUCUACUCAUUUU